AUAGCAUCCUAGUAGGAGUGGAUUUGAGUUUCCCAAUUUAUAUGCUAAAAAUUAUGUAGCCGGAAUAAUGUUUGACUAGAACCUGCAACCAAAGCCCGUUUCCAGAGUACCGCAGUCGCAUUGGACCUCGUCCAUCCUAAAAAAUGCCGAAGAAAGGAAAAGACAAGGGGAAGAAAGGGAAGAAAAGUGUUUUCAGAGCCAAGUCUACAAUAGUGCCCACAGCACCGCCUGAACCAGUGUUCGAUAGAAAUUUGCCCGUCUUCUCCUUCGAUCUUGUUAUCACCCGACUGGAGGUAAAGGGUGUGGUCCUGGCCGACGCCAGAAAACUGCGGGUGAAGGCCAAAUUUGGGGGCAACAAUCUAAGCCUUACGGCUAGUAGGACCAAUGUGAGCGAGUUCAAGCCGAAUGCCAGUCACACCUUUCAGGCGGAGCCACCCAAUCUUGCCCAGAAUGUCGAAGAAAAUGGCAUAGUCUUUGAGGUGGUGUACGAUGAGCAAGUUGUUGGCUUGGGUAAUCUGAGCCUGCCCAAAAGAUUGAGCUCAAGGAUAAAGCUGGACAUGAAGGCAUUCUCCUACACGAGCACUUGUCCCCUGGAAAUGGAGGGGAAACCAGUUGGUGCAUUAGAGUUCCUUUGCAAGCUAUUUAUCAGAUGUGGCGAUUAUGCCAGGGAGGGCGAAACUUGCCCCAAUUUGGACAGGAACCUUAGCCCAAGGGACAUAGUAUUUGUGGUCGGCAAAUCGCAGGCCAAUACCAGCUGCUGCGAUCCCUGUCGAGAUGCUCUGGAAAUCGAGGCGAGAAAACAGAAGGACUACAGUAUUCAAUCGAGUUCUAGUCGAAAAUAGAGUAAUUUAAGGUUCAUAACGA